AUGUCCGCGGAUCCUCUCAGUGAGCCCAAUUGGCUGGCGCCAUAUUUGCGGGAUUGGCGCCACGACCAUCCUCUCCGAGCCACCGAGCCCAUUGUGUCUGGGUAUACAAGUGAGAAACCGAAGAAGAGCGCACAACGUCCGUGGCACUACUACACUGUGAAGCAGCCGGCAGGCGGUGUUCAAGCGUGGCUGCUCGUUCCUUUCCUCGUGAGGGCCCCAGCCUCUGGCGGGACACCCCCUCCGAAGGGAGCAGAAUCCCAGGCGGGCUUGGAGACCAGAGUCAAGGAUGGCGUUUUGAUGGAGCACUACACAAACAUCCAUCGGAUCGCGGCCCUCUUGGAGAGCCACCCGCUCGUAUCCACCGUCACGCAGCACAAGGUGGACAAGUCCCUGCACCCUCGGCGCUUAGACGAAGAUGGCCGGGCGUCCAAGUACCACCAGUCCCCCUGGGAUUUGGCAGUGACGCUCGCAGCCUCUGGCGCGAAGUUCACUUGUGGGUGGAGCACCAACACGAUCAAAGAUCCGCUCGCGGCGAUGUGGUGGCUCCUUGCGGGGGGUUCCGCAACGGAGGAGAACCUCGUCCAGGCGGAGGCGAUAUUUUGGGUUGUCGCCGAAGCCGGCCGGAUCUGGCCGCCCGGCUUUUCCGCUCCCACGGGGCCCUGCCAUGUCGCCGCCCGCCCGGCCAUGUUGCCGCCGAGCGCUUCCGCGAGCGCCUCCGGAAGCGGCAGCGUGGCGCCCGUUGCUUCCCCGGCGGCCGCGUCGUUGUCCCAGCCUCCGGCGGGAGACGCAGCGCGCGCAUCCGCGCUGGCGCCGCAGGCAGCUUUGGCGAGCACGUCUGUUCCGCCGCCCCUUCCGUACGCCACCGAGCCCGCGCUGGCGCGCACGUCAGCCUCUGCUCCACCGCCUCAGCCUCUGGCGGCGAGGCCCCUGCAGCUGCCUUUGGCGGAAGCGCCCGCGGCCGCGGUGGGGGCGCCCGCCGACGCGCCCGGAGCGGCCUCCGCGUCGUUGCCCCAGCCUCUGGCGGGAGACGCAGCGCGCGCCUCCGCGUUGGCGCCGCAGGCAGCUCCGGCGAGCACGUCUGUUCCGCCGCCCCUGGCGUGCGCCACCGAGCCCGCGCCGGCGCGCACGUCAGCCUCUGCUCCGCCGCCUCAGCCUCUGGCGGCGACGCCCCUGCAGGUGCCUUUGGCGGGGGCGCCCGCGGCGGCGCUCGGGGCGCCCGCCGACGCGACCGGAGUGGCCUCCGCGUUGCUGCCUGCGCCGAGCGGUGGCGCCGAGCGCCAGGACAACCUCGCGGACGACCAGGAGCAGGACGUCAACGCCGAGCCCGCGCUGGAGCAGGCCCCCCCGGCUGAACCGCAGCACAGGGUGCGUCGCCGCUCGAGGUCCCGACCGGGGCCUCAACGUACACGCGACCCAGCCUCUGGCGGGGCGGACGGCGAGGUCGACCUCACCGUGCACGUGUCCGCCAAGAAACUGGAGCGCCUGUCGGAGGACCAGAAGGAGCGGCUGCGCCAGAUCGUGCGCACCAGUGAGCGGCAGGUGCACUUCGGCGAGUACUGGCAGGGAAGGGUCAGCCUGCGUGAGCGCAUGCCUCGAGAGGCUCCGCAACUGGCGAGAGCUCGCGACGAGCGUCGGGCGCUUCUCCUCGGUGAGUUGCUGGAGUACGCGGACCCGAUCCCGGGCGCUCCGGAGUUCAUCGCUGGAAUCCCUUCCAAGAACACCAUGCGUUUCGGCGCCAACGAGGAUGUCGUCAAGGCCAUCGCCAGCAGGAAGAUGCACUACAUGCGUUUGCUGACAAACAAGAUGGACGAGGAUGAAUGGCUCACCUUCGUCGAGGAGUGGCCGGACUUGUCCCCGGCCUCUGGCGGGUGGUGGGUGCUCCAGCGCGACGCCUGGGAGCAGCUCAAGCAGGACUUUCGCCUGCGCGAUACGCGCGACUACGUGAAGCACAUUCUGGCACUGCACGAUGGCGAGGCCAGGCUUGCGCGGGCGGGGUGGGAGCCAUUCCCAGCCUCUGGCGGGAGCAUCCUUCAACCUUGCUACUGGCGCUACCAAUUUUCGCGCGGCUGGGACACGUACUCGUGGGUAUCCACCCACAAAGGAAACUUGACCAUCCAAGACCUGGACUGGAUCAUGAUGAAGGACGGCGGCGAGACUGGCUUGAUGAGGAGCGACCCAGCCUUCGGGAACUGGCAGAUCCGCAGUGGCCAAUUCAUCACGCUGGCCGAACUCUUCUGGUUCGGGAAACACUUGUGCUCAUGCUACGACAUCUACCGCGCUUACCUGAGCCUGCCUGCGUGGAUCCAGAAGCGCAAGCAUUCGACCUCGCAGUCCGCGGCGGGAGUCCUCAGGCGCAACGCGAAGGCGUUGCGCCACCAGGAGGAGGGCAAGUACGGCUUGCCCUCGAACCCGGGGAAACGCGGGCGGCGGUGA